AUGUCGAAUGAGUUUCCAAUUGACCUCAUUGAGGUUGCUCAAUUGACGUCUUUGGGAAUCAGCCCUUCUUCGUUGGAUUUUGGUUCGACUACUCUGGAAUCAGAUCAAUACGUGUGUGCUAGGGAACAGUCGGCAAAUGGAAAUUCGGUUGCUAUUAUCGAUCUCAAAAAUGGUAACCAAGUGACCAGGAAGCAUAUGACUGCUGACAAUGCCAUAAUGCACCCAAGUCAGAUGGUUAUUUCUUUGAGAGCCAAUGGUACCACUUUACAGAUCUUCAACCUUCAGACGAAGCAGAAGCUCAAGUCUUUCAAUCUCAGUGAACCUGUGAUUUUUUGGGAGUGGUUAGACGAGAGAGUUCUUGGUCUCGUUACCCAGUCUGCUUUGUACACAUGGGAUAUUUUUGAUGGAACUGACAAUGGCCCUUCCAGGCUGACCGACAAACACGCGUGUCUCGAUAAUCACCAAAUUCUCAGUUUCGUGUCGAAUGACGAGAACUCCUGGUUUGCCGUUACGGGUCUUGCCCCAGGUCAAGGGAGAGUUGUUGGUCACAUUCAACUUUACGCAAAGUCGAGAGACAUAUCCCAGGCUAUUGAGGGUCAUGCCUGUAACUUCGGUAAGGUAGACAUCCAGGGAACCACCAGCAACGUGUUUGCCUUUGGUAACAGAGAUGCCAGCGGAAAUGGUCAGUUGCACAUCAUAGACAUUGAGCAAAAAUUCAAGAAGCAAUCCACCAGUAUCUUCUUCCCAACAGAAAGACCCGAGGAUUUCCCAAUUGCGGUCAACAUCUCCAACAAGUACGGUAUCAUCUACCUGCUCACAAAGCAUGCAUUUGUGCACCUCUACGAGGUUGAGACUGCCUCCAACAUCUUCUUGAACUGUAUAUCUGCUGAUCCGGUUUUCACAGUUGCUCCAUACAACGAGAAGACUGGUAUCAUCUGUGUCAGCAAAUCAGGUCAGGUGCUGGCGGUCGAGUUAGCCAAAGACAGAAUCGUGGAGUACAUCAUCAAGAACCACUCUAAUGUCCCAUUAGCUUUGACUUUGGCUUCCAGAGGUGGCCUACCAGGUGCCGAGAACUUGCUAAUGCAAAGCUUCAAUGAGGCACUUGCCAAGGGUGAUUACGAUUCUGCUGUCAAGGUGGCUGCCUCCUCUGAGCAAUUGAGAGUUCCGGAGGUCUUUUCCAGACUUGCUGGAAUUCAAGUUGCUCCAGGCCAGGUACAUCCGAUUUUGCAAUACUUGGUCACCUUGCUUGGUAAGGGAUCUCUGAACAAGUUUGAAACCCUGGAACUCGCUAGACGUGCUUUGGAACAGAGCAAGACUUCCAUCGUGGAGGGUUAUCUGAAGCAAGACAAGUUGACCUCAUCCGAAGAGUUGGGUGAUAUCUUGAAGCCCUAUGAUACUACAUUGGCCUUGGCUGUUUACCUCAGAGCAAACAUUCCAACAAAAGUGGUUCCAUGUCUGGCAGAAUUGGGCCAGUUUGACAAGAUUCUCCCAUAUUGUGAGAAGGCGAAUUACAACCCAAACUUCACUGUUCUCAUUCAAUCUAUUCUUAGAUCUAGUCCUGAUAAGGCUGCUGAGUUUGCAACGCAAUUGCUGACCACCCAGCCUGAUCUCAACAUUGAGACUGUGGCUGACAUUUUCUUCUCUCAGAAUUACAUUCAGCAGGGUACCACCUUUUUGUUAGAUGCUUUGAAGGAUGAUAAGCCUGCUGAGGGUCACUUGCAAACCCGGGUUCUCGAGUUGAAUUUGCUCCAUGCCCCUCAAGUUGCUGAUGCAAUUCUGGGAAACAACAUGUUCUCUCACUACGACAGACCAACCAUCGCUGCUUUGUGUGAAAAGGCCGGUUUGUUGCAAAGAGCUCUUGAACAUUAUGAGGACAUCAAGGACAUCAAACGUGUCAUUGUUCAUGCCAAUGUUCUGCCAACUGACUGGCUCGUUGCUUACUUCGGUAAGCUCAACGUCGAGCAAACUGUUUCAUGUUUGAGAGAGAUGCUGUCUAAAAACUUGGCCCAGAACUUGCAGGUGGUGAUUCAAGUUGCUACGAAAUAUUCUGAUCUGAUUGGACCAAUCACUUUAAUUAAGGUUUUUGAGGACUUCAAAUGUGUUGAAGGUGAAUACUACUAUUUGGCUUCAAUCGUGAAUCUCUCGCAAGACCCUGAAGUUGUUUUGAAGUAUAUCCAGGCUGCGGCUAAACUAGGCCAAGUCAAGGAGAUUGAAAGAAUUGUCAGAGACAACCAUGUCUACAAUGGUGAGAAGGUCAAGAACUUUUUGAAGGAGGCCAAGCUCGAAGAUCAGCUUCCAUUGAUCAUUGUCUGUGAUAGAUUCAACUUUGUUCACGAUUUGGUUCUUUACUUGUACAAAAACCAAUUCUUCAAGUUCAUUGAGGUGUACGUUCAGCAAGUCAACCCAUCCAAGACUCCACAAGUUGUUGCUGGUCUUUUGGAUGUUGACUGUGAUGAGUCAAUCAUCAAGUCACUUCUGCUGUCUGUCUUGGGUCAGGUUCCAAUUGGUGAGCUUUGUGAGGAGGUUGAGAAGAGAAACAGACUUAAGAUCUUGUUGCCCUUCCUAGAAUCUACUCUCCAAGCUGGAAGUACCGACAAGGCUGUUUAUGACACCUUGGCCAAGAUUUAUAUUGACUCCAACAACAACCCUGAGAAGUUCUUGACCGAGAACGACCAGUACGACACCCUUGUUGUCGGUAAAUACUGUGAGAGAAGAGACCCCUACCUUGCUUACAUUGCCUACUCUAAGGGCCAGAAUGAUGAUGAGCUCAUCAGAAUCACCAAUGAGAAUGCCAUGUACAAGUACCAAGCCAGAUAUCUGUUGAGCAAGUCUGAUCUCACGUUGUGGUCGAAGGUAUUGUCUAAUGACAACAUCCACAGAAGACAGUUGGUUGACCAGGUUGUUGGCACUGCUAUUCCAGAACAGGAAGACCCAGAACCAAUCUCCAUUGCUGUCAAGGCUUUUAUGGAGGCUGAUUUGCCAUCCGAGUUGAUUGAGCUGCUUGAGAAGAUCAUUUUGGAACCAUCUCCAUUUAACGACAACCCAUCGUUGCAGGGUUUGUUGAUCUUGACGGCUGUCAAAGUUGACAAGUCAAGAGUCAGCUCCUAUGUUGAGAAGCUUGACGCCUACGAUCCUGAGGAGAUUGCUCCUUUAGUCAUUCAAAGUGGACUUUAUGAGGAGGCCUUUGAGAUCUAUGACAAGUUUGAGCUGCGCUCUGAGGCCCUCAAGGUCUUGGUAGAGGAUGUCAUGUCUUUGGACAGAGGUGAAGAGUACGCCGAGAAACUGGACAAGCCUGAAUUGUGGUCUCAGUUGGGUACUGCUCAAUUGAACGGUCUGCGUAUUCCAGAGGCUAUUGACUCGUACAUCAAAGCCAAAGAUCCAUCCAACUUUGAGAAUGUGGUGGACAUUGCAGAGCAUGCCGGAAAGGAAGAUGUGCUCAUUCCAUAUCUCACGAUGGCUAGAGAAACUCUCAGAGAGCCAAAGAUUGACGGUGCUAUUAUCAACGCGUACGCCUCUCUUGACAAGCUGGGUGACAUCGAAACUUUCUUGCAACUCAGCAAUGUUGCUGACUUGGAAAGCAUUGGUGACAAGUUGUACGCGAACAAGAACUACAAGGCCGCCAAGCUGAUUUUCAGUAACAUCUCCAGUUACUCCAAGCUGGCUUCUACUCUUGUUUACCUGAAGGAUUACCAGUCUGCUGUUGAUUGCGCUAGAAAGGCCUCAAACAUUUCUGUCUGGAAGCAGGUCAAUGAAGCAUGUAUUGAUAACAAGGAGUUCAGAUUGGCACAAAUAUGUGGUUUGAACUUGAUUGUUCAUGCCGAAGAGUUGGAUGACCUUGUCAAGCAAUACGAGUACUUUGGCUACUUCGACCAGCUUAUCUCUUUGUUUGAGAGCGGUCUUGGUCUUGAGCGUGCACACAUGGGUAUGUUCACUGAGUUGGCUAUCUUGUAUACCAAGUAUGCGCCUGAAAAGACCAUGGAGCAUCUCAAGCUCUUCUGGUCUAGAUUGAACAUUCCAAAGGUUUUGCGUGCCUGUGAGGACGCUCACUUGUGGCCGGAACUGAUCUUCUUGUACUGUCACUACGACGAAUGGGACAACGCUGCUCUUACCAUGAUGGAGAGAUCGGAAACGGCAUUCGAGCACUCUUCUUUCAAGGAAAUCGUUGUGAAGGUUUCCAACUUAGAAAUCUACUACAAGGCCCUUAACUUCUACGUCAACGAGCAUCCACCAUUGCUGACCGAUUUGUUGGCCGUUUUGACCCCAAGAAUCGAUCUCCCAAGAGUUGUACGUAUUUUCCAAAAGUCUGACAACUUGCCAAUGAUCAAGCCAUUCUUGAUCUCCGUCUUGGAGAAAAACAAUUCGGUUGUCAACAACGCUUAUCACGACCUGUUGAUCGAGGAAGAAGACUACAAGUCUUUGAGAUCUGUCAUUGAGUCGAAUGACAAGUUCGAUGCUUUGGGACUUGCUGAAAGAUUGGAGAAGCAUGAGCUGAUCUUUUUCAGACAAAUUGCUGCCGUUUUAUUCCGCAAGAACAAGAAGUGGAACAAGGCCAUUGCCAUUCUCAAGACAGACAAGUUGUGGUCGGAUGUGAUUGAGACAGCAGCCAUCUCUGAAAACAGCAAGGUGGCCACCGAGCUUUUGACCUACUUCGUGGAGACGGGUAACAAGGAAUGUUUCAUUGCCACGUUGUACGCGUGCUACAGUUUGAUCAGCUACGAUGUCGUUAUUGAAUUGUCUUGGUUGCACAAUCUUAGCGAUUACAUCAAGCCAUACGAGAUCUCCAUUGCCAAGGAGAACCAGGCAAAGAUCAACGAGGUAUACGCUGACUACAGGGAGAGAAAAGAUAAGGCAAAGGCAGAAGAGGAAGAAUCCGGACCUAUUCUUGGUCAACGUCUGCUGAUCACCAAUGGUUCAGGCUUGGUACCACCUCCUGCUAUUGGAUUUCAACCAACAGGAGCUGGAUUCGGCAACGGAUUUUAG